AGCGCCCUGAGUGAGACCCCGAGAGGAGAGAGCUGCGAGCGGCUGCUCGGGGUUUGGGUUACAGAAGCUCCGUAUGCCUCUUAGAAAAGCAUCUGAAAAGGGGCAGAUUGGUAUCCCUGGUUUUGCACGACACCUGCCUGUGAUUUUAACACUUUCCUUCCUGGCACACUCCAGUCAAGCCUUUGAAAAGGUUUCCCAGACUGUGUCCUUCCUCACUGGGCAGGGGCAAUCCAAACCAGUUCAAUGCAGGCUCUGGGAUUUUUUCAGCGCACUCACGGAGUAUACGUGCUCUAAAUGCCUACAAUACAGAGGAAUCCAGCUACUUCUAAUGGGAUGCAUUUGCCGAGAGGAAGAAUUCCUCAUUUAAGAUGGGCAAUAAGCAAACAAUAUUUACUGAUGAACAGCUAGAUGCCUACCAGGACUGCACGUUCUUCACUCGGAAGGAAAUCCUUCGGUUGCACGGCCGAUACUAUGAAAUGGCACCAAACGUUGUGCCUAUGGACUAUACAAAGGACCCAGAUGUUAAACUACCUAUGCAGCUUAUAAUAAACAUGCCUGAGCUGAAGGAGAAUCCCUUCAAAGAAAGGAUUGUGUCGUCUUUCUCAGAAGAUGGAGAGGGGAGCCUGAGCUUCAAUGACUUUGUGGAUAUGUUCUCUGUGCUCAGUGAAAUGGCUCCCCGAGAGCUGAAAGCAAUCUAUGCCUUUAAGAUUUAUGAUUUUAACACAGAUAACUUCAUUUGUAAAGCAGACUUGGAAAAAACCCUCAAUAAGCUGACCCGGGAAGAGCUGACAGCGGAGGAAAUCACUCUGGUUUGUGAGAAGGUGAUAGAAGAAGCUGACAUGGAUGGUGAUGGGAAAUUAGGAUUUGCAGAUUUUGAAAACAUGAUUUCCAAGGCACCAGACUUUCUCAGUACUUUCCACAUAAGAAUCUGAAGAUGUUUCUGCCAGUCCAGCUUUACUGAAUCUCAGGCACUCCAGGGAUUUUUGUCCUCUAGUGAGGGCUUCCUAGAACUCAGCAGAAAGUACUGAAACAAUUCUGGUCCACAAAGAGACAGAAGCAUCAUAUGAUCUACAGGAUAUUUGGAACAGACACAUUUUUAUCUUCUCUGCUGGCCAAGCACUCUGGUGAAGAUUGGUUGUUGGAUUGUGGUAUUUCUUUUUUUCCCCUCUUUUUUUAACAGUCAGAAUCAGAAUAUUAUUAAAAGUAUUUCCACAGAGUUUUUAUAUUUAUGAAUAUUUAAUACUGCUCUUAAUGGUGAAAAAAACCCCCAAAAAAACCCCCCUGAGAGAUUAACUUUGGUGUGUUUUCCAAGAAUAUUUGAAAGAAAGCACGGGCCUUAAAUAAUGAGAUGCCUCUAUCACUGUGUUGUACAGCUGGGAUCUUGCAUGGAAAAUACCUGAGGUGACAGAACUGCAGUCAAGAUCAAGCUCCCAGUGUUGAAGACAGCCACAGCCCAGGUUUGCCUUUCAGCCACUAAAAUGGCAACUGCUGGGUUUGGUGCUUACCUUCAACCAAUAUUUUAUGGAUUGUUGUGUCCUUAUAAAACUUGAAAUAUUUGCCUUUUGUAUGAUAAUUGUGUAUGUGAUUAAUUCCUUCCCAAGAUAAAUGUUAAAACUGUGUCCUUAUUCUCAAAGGGGCUCCUGCAUUUUACUCAUUCUAUGGGCUGAUAAUGUUCUUGAAUGGAGGAACAUGGUCAUCUGUAACUCAUGAAGAAGUUGAAGAAGCACAGAACUACUAUUAAGGACAUGAAAAGAUAUUUUCUUUUGAAACAAGCUAUGCAAUCUCUCCCAUAAAAUGCAUGAAUGCAGUUCUAUCUUUUCCUCUCCAGCUGGAAAUCAGCUAGAUCUUUUUGUUGGGUUUUGUUGUUGUUGUUUUGGGGGUUUUAAUUUUUUUUUUUUUAAUUUUUACUUCCAGUAUUGUUUAGGUACUGGGACCUGAAGACAAUCAUAUAUGUAUUCAUUAUUGUUCUAACAGUCAAUAGAAGGGCUCUGUCACUUACAUGGCUUCUGUAUCAAGGUCAUCACAAUUAAAACUUUUGAAGCAUUCUGUUGUGCUUUGAGAAUUUUUAGGCUGACCACAUACUAAUUUCCUUUCUGAUCAUUAUUCCAAUUGCUAUAAAGUUAAAUCUUUCAAAGAAUGAAAUGUGUUAUAUAGAAAACUGUUAAAGUAGAGAACCUAACCUGUUUAUCAUUUCUGUAGGGAUGCUGAUGCCUGUCUACCUCAGAAACUCUUCUGUGUGGUGAGCUUGCAGGGUAGCUUGCUGUUCAGGUUUACACACUAUGAAUAAAGAAGAAAUAUUUACCUA